AUGUCGCAGCGUGAACUAACGUUAACUGGUUACACUCGAUCAGAUGAUGUCGAUUUUCAGUCAAACCAGGAUGUAGAAAUCGAAAAUGAAGAAGAGGAAAUAGAGCCUGAAUUUCUGGACAUGAAUGAGGUGAAUUGUGUCUCAUCUGGGGGGAAAAUGUUCAAAACCUCCAUGCCAGCGUUAAAAGAAGUGUUAUUAGUGGCUGGUAGCAGGACGUACAAGGUCACAGGCCAAUUUCACCUUUGUGAUCCAUGGUGGAAGGUAACCUGCAGAGUUAACCGUGGCAGGCACAGGUUUUUUACCCUCCGCUCCAGCUAUCCCUCCUAUAGUCUCCGCACCAAUCUGAGAUCAGAGGGCCGGUCACUUGUAUCUCUUUUUCUUAAAGAGUGUGAGGCAGACCCUCUGUUUGUUAACAUGUUUAUGGAGUGGUUGCCCAAUGACACAGACGUGGAGCCUGUCAAUGUGCUGGACGUCCUGAAGGAUUUUGAAGUUUCAGCACCAGAGCAUAAAGCUGUGGCUGAACAGCUCAAAUCAAAUGUCAUUAACUCAGUUGCUUGGACACGUGUGAGAGUUGCCAGCAUGUACCCUCAAAUCAUGAAAUACUUCCCAGCAUUGCUGCCAGGCCAGUUUAUGGAGAUAAUAAGCAAUGGAAAGAUGAAAAACACACAGGACACCACUGAAGAAACUCCACAGCAGCAGAGUAACACAGACUUAUUGGAGAAUCUAGAGAAGUUAAUUGAGAAUAAUGUUUGGAAGUUGGGCUUCAGCUAUAUCAUGUUUAAAGAAUUCCAUAUGAUCAGAUGUGAAGCAAAGAUGAAGUCCUUUGAGCUUUGUAAUUUGCUCAGAAGAAUCCCAGAGGUGCAGCAAAAUGCCUUGCAAUUGUAUGAGAAACUGAAACACUACUGCAGAGAAACUGGAAGCACAUACAUUGAACAGAAGAUGCUGCUGUAGAAGAUGCAACAGUGGAAAAUUGCAUUUGAAGGGGCCUUGUUCCUAAACGAGCAAGGGGUGCUGAUAAAGGAGAACAACAAGGUGGCACUUCACAACCUCUUCAGCUAUGAAAUAGACAUUGCUGAAUGCUUGAGGGCCCUGGUUGAGGGAGACCGCUGGAAGAUCCACUUGGAUGUGAGGAAAGUUCUUCAAAGAGCUGCGAUGGAGAGACUAACGGGGAAGGCUUGUGACGCAAGAACAUCGACCUCAGAACAAAAUGACAUGGAGCAGGGGGUUGGGUGCAAGCAAAAAGAUGAAGCUCAGCCAGGUUCCUCAAGCAUGGACCACAAUGGAGGAAUGGCAUCCCACUGCGUUUCUCCCCAGUCCCCAGUUUCUGAGACCAUCAUAAAAGGAGACGACUCAUAUUUUGACUCAAAUGACUCCACCUACUCUGACAUUGAUCCCUCUACUACAGAGCUAGACCCUGAUCAAGUGCGAGCAGCAGAAAUUAUGUGUGCCAACCCGGUGACUGUGAUCAGUGGGAAGGGUGGUUGUGGGAAGACCACAUUGGUCAGCCUGGUGUUUAAGGCAGCCGUGCAGAAACAGACCAGCAAGAGUGACAGUGAUGAAGAGCCUCCUGUAGAGGUUCUCCUUACUGCUCCUACAGGAAGAGCUGCUUCACUUCUUACUAAGAGAACCGGUUUCACUGCUUAUACCGUGCACCAGGUUUUAUGGAGUUUCAUGAAUGCAAAAAAGGAUCAAAGUGGAAAUCCACAAGAAUGGAUGUUCUCGAAGGUGCGGGUGCUGGUGGUGGACGAGGGAAGCCUGGUGUCUGUUCAGAUCCUUCACUCCAUUCUCAGCAUGCUUACCAAACACUCAAAACUCCAGAAGUUCAUCAUUUUAGGAGAUGUGCGGCAACUGCCCAGCAUCGAGCCUGGAAGCACGCUGUGCGAUCUGUUUGAAGGACUCCAGAAGGUCCGUUGGGCCAUUGAGAUGCGGACUAACCAUCGUGCAGAAUCUGAGCUCAUGGUCAGAAAUGCUGUACUCAUCACAGAGAUGGGUAAAAAAAUGUCUUACCAUCCACUGGAGUUUGAUGCCAUUAUUAAAAUGACAAAUCCCUCCACAGUGCCGUCUGACAAAGGGUUCAUUUUUGUCCAAAUUAGUGAGAAAAAUGAUGCUCUCGAGGAAGCCAUUCAAUUCUUACUCGAGAAAGCUCCUGGACUCAAAGAUCAUAGAUCAUCACAGAUUGUGGCAUUUAUGAGGAAGGACUGUCAGGAGAUCAAUGAGCUUUGCUGCAAUCAUUAUUCGCGUCAUUCUUCAAUGACUCCCGAAAAAAAAAUUUGUUUUCAAAUGGGGGAUAAAGUUUGCUGCACAAAGAAUGGCUACAUCUCAGAUAAAGAUGAUGAGAACAUGCAAGAAGAGCCUGCACAUGAUGCUGCUGGAACUUCCCAAGAUAUUCCAAGUAUCCAAAGAAAAAAUGAACGUAUGAAAGAGAACAGAGAAAGAAUGUGCAACGGGGAAAUUUUCUUCAUUAUAGGGGAUGUAACUGAGGUGGAUAUGGGAGCAAGACGCAAAACAAGGUACUUGCUAGAUGAUAAAAAUGGCCGUGUGGUGACUUCUAACUACAGUGAGCUACAGAGAGAGUGUAAACUGCGCCAUGCUUGGGCAAGAACCAUUCACACCUUUCAGGGCUCAGAGGCAGAAACAAUUGUGUAUGUUCUUGGCAGCUGUGGUGAAAACUGGCAGCAUGUAUACACUGCAGUGACACGCGGUCAGAAGCGCGUGUAUGUAGUGGGUAGAGAGCGUAACCUAAAAACAGCCAUCGUGAAAAAGAUCACCCCUCGCAACACACGAUUGCGAGGCCGUGUCAAGGAGAUAGUUGCUCAGCAAGGUCCUAAAGACUCUUUCGCUCAAUCUGACUGCAGACAGAGUCAUGUGGAGACCCCUGUGAAUCAUGGGCCUUCACAGUCCACACCAGUGGCCUCAAAGCGGCCUACUCAGUCAGACCCCUGCACUACACAGAGCAAACUUAUGAAGCAAACCACUUCAGAAGAGCCUCUGUUAGACAGCGCAAGCCCCAAAUCUCACAGCGAGGAGCUUCCUUGAGAAGAUUCGCAUUCUCACAAGGAACAUGUAUGCAGUUAAUUAUGAAUUAUGAUUUUCAAUUACAAAGCAGACAGAAAGGGUAGUGGCAUCAACCAAAAUCUGAGACCACACUGAUUCAAGAUCUAGUUUAAACCUGGAAAUACAAAGAUUCAGGAAUUUGAAAAGUUUUAAAACAAAUAUGCUGUAAAUUGAACGGAAACUGUUUAAGAUUCUGCACUAUUUCUAAUUCAUGUCAUUAUAUAACACGUUUUCUAUUUAGUAUUGUUAACUUUCUGAAAUUAGGUAGCCUUAACAAUGUGUUUGUAUAAUUGGUUGUUAU